ACGAUUAGGAAUAGGAGGAGCAGGUUGGCAUAGUCUUAUCUGUUUGUAUUCAUUAUUUAUAAUUGAUGUUAGGGUUAGUUGGAUAGGCUCAUCUCUGCUCAGCAUUCAUGGCGAAGAAGGGGAAGAAGCAACUCAUGUCUUCAGCGCCAUGGAGGGGCGAAGACACCGAAGAUUUCCAAGAUGCAAAGCUCAAACUCACGAGCCAGCCCGGUACUACUUCAACCAUGCACGUUCCUCGCACCAAGUCCAAUCAUCCCCAACAAGACGACGAUUCCAUUGAGAUUGAUCCUGAGCUACGCUACAGCUUCCAGCGCAAUUUUCAGUUUCUUCAACGUGUUUUUAGCAUUGACACUGUGGUGAAACCUCUUCCUCCUGCUAUGGCAUACAAUGUUUCUCGCAACUUGAACUUCUUCACACGCAUUUUCACGCAAUUCUUUGGUAUGUUAGAUUCAGGGCAUCUUUUUCCACAGCUGAGGAUUGAAUUGAUUAUUAUAUAUAUAGCCAAACUGCUCCAAUAAUUGUAAGCAUCACUGUUCAUUUCCUUUUAGAACAAACUAUAAAGGUCAAAUAUAUAUCUACUGUAAGUUUUUCUCCCUCGUUUUAGUCUAGUGUUGAGAUUUGAAUGCUUUCCAGAUAUUUUUGUAUGGUUAUGAUAAAGCUAAACCCUAGGCUUUGUUUGAAUGUCUGAUUAUAUGUGGAAUUAAAUAGAAUUGAGUAAAAUGACAUGUAAUGGAAGAAUAGAAUAAAAUUGCCACACCUUUGUUUGAAUAUUUUAUGAUUAAACAAAGUAAACUUUUCAUUCAAUUGUUUGGGAAGUGAAUGGUAUGGAAAAGGCAUUAGUAAACAAUAAGUUGGCUCCAUCCCAUACUUCAACAUAUAGUGAGAGGGGGGAAUAAGGGCCUCUGCUGAAAUGGGAUGAAAUAGUUUUCAUCAAGUUUCAUUUUACUCCACCAUAUUUGUAUUUUCUAAAUAUCAAAGCAAUGGUAAUUAGUAUCAUUCUAUCAAUGUUUCCUCCAUUAUAUCUCUUUCUAUCAAUUCAACUGUAGCUCUGAAUCUUUGCUCUCUUUUCUUCUUUUUUGCUAAGCCUUCAAGUAAUCUGUUAUUAAGUGCUAUCCUGUACUACUUUAUGUAUGCAUAGCAGUCUCAACCAUUUUGGACUUUUAUGUUUUAUUAUAUAUUAUAUAUCUUCUAAAUUGACUAGCCUAGUUUCUUUAUGACUUGUUUGGAAUAUGAACUUAUUAAUGUGAAUAAUCUAUGAUGGUCAAAGAAUUAUCGGUGAUAAUUCACAUUCUUCGUUGGAUUAGUAUUUUAACUACGUUUAUUUUGACUACCAAGUAUUUGUUAAUCUUUGAUUUGUUCUUGCAUUUUGAGUACAACAAAUAACUUUCAAACCUGACAUAAUGCCCCGUUUUUGUUAAAUAUUGUUUAUGCUGCAGAUCCUGAAGGCAUUGCAAAUGCCCAGAAAUCCUUGGGCAUAGGACAGGAAGAUAAAGUUCGCAAAGUUCGUUGAAGAUAAUCGAGGAAGACACCAAAAGGAAAAGGAAUGAAAAACUAAGGGAAGAACUUAUUUUGGAUAUAGAAGUAUUAUUUGUGAUUAACCUUCCCUGAUAUGAUCAUUCUUGGAAUUAUUUAGCUUGUUUGGUAUGAAAUUCAAUUUUAUAUGUAACUAGGGACAUA